AACCAGUUUCCCUCCUUAUUUCCCUUCCCUCUCUCUCUCAUCGUCCCACAAUCAAUCUCAUUCCGCUUCAACAACAAUUCCACAACGCGGAGGAGGAAGAAGAGGAGGCCGCCGCGGCGCAUGAGGUGGUAGCAGCACAGAAAUGGCGGCAAUUCCAGGAAUGAUGGACAUUGCCAAGCUCAAUCAAACCAUUCUGUGCUACGCCGAAACCAUUUACCGGUUCAAUGGCCUCUGGGAAGGCCCCGAUCCAUUGACCCCCCUCAUUUCUCUCUUCCUCAUCCAGCUCACCUUCUCCAUGGGCGUCAUCCACCUCCUCGUCUUCGCUCUUAAACCCUUCAACCAACCCCCCUUCAUCGCUGAAGUCCUCGGUGGUAUACUGUUAGGGCCAAGCGUAUUUGGGCGAAUUGCGGCAUACAGAAAGCUCGCAUUCCCAAAUUAUUCGUUCAGAAUAUUGGAGCCGAUGGCGCAUUUAUCCAUCACUUACUACGCUUUCUUAAUCGGAUUGAAAAUGGAUGUUAGAGGAAUUAUGCGAACUAGUCCAAAGGCUAUGAAGGUAGCUCUCUCUGGCAUCAUCAUCCCUUUCUUUGUUGGCUCAGGGUUAUACUUCAUUUUCCAAAUCGAUAAGCCGGAGAGAGCUGGCUGCCUCUUCUGGGGCGCUGCCCUCACCGUCACCGGCUUCUCCGUCCUCACCAAGAUCCUCGACAAGCAGCAGAUGCUCCACGUCGAGAGCGGGAAGACCGCCCUGUCUUCGGCCCUCAUCAACGAGACGUGCUCAUGGGGCUUACUUGCCCUCGGAUUCGCUGUCACGAGCUCCCAGUCAAACAUGCAGUGGUCCGUGAUCAGCACUGUGGCGUUUGUCCUCGGCUGCGUCUACUUUGUCCGCCCCGGCCUUAGCUGGAUCAUCCGGAGGGCCCCCGAGGGGCAGGGGUAUAGUGAGUUCUAUAUAUGUUCCAUUGUGUCCGGGAUGGCCCUUAGUGGGGUCAUCACGGACGCGUGUGGCACGCACCCGAUGAUCGGGGCGUUUGUGUUCGGACUCAUCAUACCUAAUGAGGUGCUCGAGGUGACGAUCGUGGAUAAGUUGGAGGAUUUCGUGAUGGGGAUUCUGAUGCCGGUUUACUUUGUGGUUUGUGGGCUGAGGACGAAUGUGGAUUCGAUGUCGAAUGAGACUUCUUGGGCUGUUGUUUUGCUGGUUAUACUCUUGGCCUGCGGUGUCAAGGUGCUGAGCGCUCUCGCGGUCUCGGCCUUCUCUGAUAUCCCGGUCGAUGAGGCGAUGGCCGUCGGGUUCAUGUGCAAUACCAAGAGCGUGAUGGCCUUGAUCAUUCUUGAAUCCGGCCAGAUACAAGGGGCAUUGAGCACGCAGACAUACUCGGUGAUGAUCGUGGCGGUUCUUGUGAUGACGAUGAUCGCAACGCCGGCGGCUGUCUGGUUCAAGCCGGUGCAGAACGUGGUGGCGUACAAGAGGCGCACGGUGCAGAAGGCCAAAUCGGACGAGGAGCUCCGAGUGGUGGCGUGCAUCCACACCACGCGCAACGUCCCGAGCAUCAUCCACCUCCUCCGCACGUCCAACGCGCGUGCCCAGUCCCCGAUGAGCGUGUUCGCCCUGCAGCUCGUGGAGCUCGUGGGCCGCGCCUCGACCAUGAUGGUCGUGCACAGCUCGCGCAAGGCCGGGCUGCGCAACUCCAGCACGGUCGAGCUCCAGGCCGACCAGAUCAUCACGGCCUUCGACAACUACGAGCUGCGGUCCGAGGGGGUCGCGACGCAGGUCAUCACCGCGCGCUGCCCCUACACGACCAUGGACGACGACGUGUGCACGGUCGCGCGGGAGCGCCGCGCGUCCUUUCUCGUCAUCCCGUUCCACAAGCAGCGGAACGCGGACGGCGAGAUGGAGGACAUCAACCCGUCCCUCCGCAGCAUCAACGAGGGCAUCCUCGAUAACGCGCCCUGCUCGGUCGGCAUCCUGGUCGACCGAGGGGCCGCGGAGACGCAGGACCACGCGCAAAACGUCGCGGCCCUGUUUUUCGGAGGGCCAGACGACCGCGAGGCCCUCGCGUACGCGUGGCGUAUGGCCGACGAGACGGACAGCAAGCUCACCGUGGUGAGGUUCAUCCCGAGCUCGGAGGCUGCCAGCGCAAAUCACGAGGCGGCCGGCCACGUGAGCCUCGAGAUCGACACGGAGCGCGAGAAGCUCCUCGACGACGACUACUACAACAAGUUCAGAAACGCGACGGCGAACAGCGCCAACAUCCGGUGCUUCGACCUGGUUCUCGACGACGAGGAGGAGACGAUCAAGGCGAUCAAGUCGAUGGACGAGCACUACCACGACCUGUACAUCGUCGGAAGGGGAAGAGGGAUGCAGUCGGCGCUGACGACGGGGCUUGCGGACUGGUGUGACUGUCCCGAGCUGGGGCCGAUAGGGGACCUUUUGGUGACGUCGGAGUUCGAGUCGUCGUUCUCGGUGAUGAUCGUGCAGCAGUACAACGAGUCCGGGAGGUCGAGGGAGGGGUCGUACAGGUCGGCCACGUCGGUGAACUAUGCCGGAGAGGAGAUGGUGAGGGAAACGGCGCCGGUGGAGAGCGAGAAGUUUGAGUCUUUUGGGAGUUUCAGGAAGUGGGAUCAUGAAAAUUGAUGGACGGAUUGAUGCAAUCUAGUUGUGAGUUGUAUUAGGCUUGUUGAAUGAGUUUGAUUGUGGCAAUUGAUGUUGUUCUUGUUACAGUUUUUCAUAAUGAGAGAAACUUUCACUUUUUGUUUUCA